UUUUUUUAUUUGGAUGGGACAAUUCAUAUUAAUGAACAUACAAGCUCAUGAAGUUUACACAACGCUGGCGUAAUAAAGCCAAUUUAACACAAGGCUAAUUUCCCUCCAUUGUCCCAAACAUAAAAGAAAAACAUACAGGGUUACAAACAUAUAAAGACAAUAGAGUAAAACAAAAUCAAUUACAAUAAAUUAAUUAUAUACACUACCAUUCAAAAGUUUGGGGUCACUUAGAAAUGUCCUCGUUUUUGAAAGAAAAGCAGUUUUUUCAAUGAAGAUAACAUUAAAUGAAUCAUAAAUCCAGUGUAGACAUUGUUAAUGUGGUAAAUGACUAUUGUAGCUGGAAACAGCUGAUUUUUAAUGGAAUAUCUCCAUAGAGGUACAGAGGAACAUUUCCAGCAACCAUCACUCCUGUGUUCUAAUGCUACAUUGUGUUAGCUAAUGGUGUUGAAAGGCUAACUGAUGAUUAGAAAACCCUUGUGCAGUUAUGUUAGCACAUGAAUAAAAGUGUGAGUUUUAAAUGAAAAUAUGAAAUUGCCUGGGUGACCUCAGAUUUUUGAAGGACAGUGUAUAUUAUAGAAAGACCAGAUUUUCUUGGUUUGCAUUAAUUAGAGCUAUUGCCUUAUUCUAAAAACCAUCCCUGAGUCUGUCUCUUGAAUUCCAGUUGGAGGGUGAAUGAUGUUCUUCCAUUCUGGUGGAAUGUUAUGAUGCUCUGUCAGGAGGAAAACAAGAAGAGAAUUCAAAUCUAAAUCAGCCCAGUGGUGGUGUAGAAAGCAACAAAUAAAAAAAGAUGGAGUCCCUUAAAAAUGUGGCAUCUGGAGCUGGUGACAAGCAGCGACGCGAGAGACGCCCGCUGUCAGCUUAUCAGCAGUACGUCAUAUCGUCAAUCCUUCCUGAUGUGGAGCUGCAGUACAACCGCAUGCAGACCGAAAAGAAAAAGCUCAAGACGGAGAACGAAACCCUGAAGAACAGACUGAAGGUUCUGACGACCGAGAGCGAACAUUUAAAGACGGAGCAGCAAAGACUCAGCGGCGUGAGCAAAAACAGAGACCAGCUGAGGAACCAGUUGGUGCAAUGCAAAAAUGAAGUGUUGGUGUUGGGGAAGACGGUGAGGAUCCAGAAGACGGAGCUGAGGAGGGAGCACCAGCAGAACGAGGUCUUGAAGCAAGAGGUGGAGUCGAUGAAGAAGGAGCUGCAGUCGGCGAGGCAGCAGGUCGUAACCCAGAGAGCUGAGCAGCAGAACCUGAGGGAGCAGCUGGAGCAGGUGGUCAAAGAGAGAGACGGGCUGAACGAGAAGUGGCUGCACUGUCGACAUGAAAACUCAGAGCUGCAGGACAAGAUCGCAACCCGGCAGUCAAACCUGAGCAAGAAGGACAGUCAGUGUAAGGAGCAGAUGAGGCAAAUCCAUCUGCUCAAGCUGGAGAAAGACAAACUGGAAAAGCAGAGAGACUUCCUGGGAAAAGAAGCAGAGGAGCACAAUCGGCACCUCCGAAAGUGUGAGGAGGAGAUCUACAUGCAGAGGGAGAAGCUGAGAGACAGCAUACCGUGUUACUUUCUCAAGAAUCAGAUGGUGAAAAGGACAGAUCUGCUCGAACAAAAACCUCCAGUGGUUAAGAAGCCCAGCCAAGACGGGCCUCACCAGAAGAUCGAGUUCUUACAGAAGCAGCUGCUCGAUCAGACCAAAGAGCUGACGAGAACUCAGAAGCUGCGUGAGGAGCUCAAACAAAAACUCACGCAGCUUUCUUUCCAGUUCCAGCGGUGCCGGGUAGCAGCCAGAGACCAAAAGGAAAAGUUCAAAGCAAUGACAGCAGAGAGGAACGCCUACAGAAGUGACAAUGAAAAAAUGAGGAAAGAACUAGCGGCUAUCAAGAAGGAGAAACUCGCUGAGAAGCUGAAGAACUUGGUGGCCAAGAAGACCAAGAAAAUCAAGCUGUCGUCUGGAGUCAAAUCCAGCCAGUCAAAUGUCUCACUGCUCUCCUCAAACAAGUCCAACGUCCCAACAACAUCCAGAGAGGUCCAGAUGGACUCCACACUGAAGAUUAGAGGAUUAAAAAUAGAAUCUGAGAGCUUCAUUUAAACUCAAAUCAUAAAAAUACAUUUUUAAAUUCACAUUGAUCUAAUGUAACAGUGUUGCAUGCAUGUUAUUAUAUCCAAAUCUGAAAUCUUUUUUGAAAAAAAAAAUUGUUUUUAACACUUUAAUCUUAUAUCCAGUACAGGGGUAAACCUAUAAGAGUUUAUUAAAACUAUUGCAUUCUAAUAAUUUUUAUAAUAUUUAUUUAUAGAGCAAAUUUAAAUAUCCAAGUGACAAAGUCUUUCACAAGGACAGCAAAAUAAAACAGAAAACCCAUAAAAAUCAUUAGUAUUUAAAAGACGAUAACACAGUUCGGUGUUUAAAAAUCAACACCAGUGUAUUAUUUGCAGGGAUAGACUACUAUAAAUAGUUUUUUCGGUGUUGGACCUACUGAGGCAAUGAGAGCUUUGAUGGCAGGAUUAAAAGUAGGAUGUUAUCUUUCUUUGACAGAGGAGUUGUGAGAGAAAAAUAGCCCUAAAAAUGGUGAUAAAUUGACUAGAUGUAAUAGCAGCUCCUCCGUUAUCUGUAGGUAUACUCACAUGAAAGUAUUUUUCAAAUCAAAAAUUUGGAUUGUAAUUCAUUGAAAAAAAAGCACCCAAACACAAAGUUAAGGAGGAGUUUGACUGUUAGCAUUUUUUUUUAUUCUUUAUUCAUUCUGUUGUGAGCUCUUUUGGCCAAAGUAUUUGUGUAGUGCAGCUCUAGUUCCACUUAUAUAUUAUCAAUCUGGGAUUCUGUGGGAGAAUCUGCAGGAAUAAAGGGUCUUGCUUGAAUUUAAAUUUCAAAAAACACCGUAUGUGAUUUGAUUUUGCUAGAACUAAACUUGUUUCUGUGUGUUUACUAAAGUCUCGUGCUGUAUUCUGUUGCGGUGGCCUGUUAGAUAUUAUUUAAUCCGGCAGGUAAAGCAAACAAAAGUUAUUGAUUAACAUUUAAUUAUAGUAGAACUGGUUGUUCUGUAGUCGAGGUUAAAAAAAAACCACAUUUUUAAUCAACAUUUGUGCACAUUGUUUUAGAGGGGAAGUGACAUUAACUUUAAAAAGCUUCAUCAAGAGAAGAGUAAGUCAAGCCUUCGGUUGAAUAAAAUGCUGCAUUUAAUUAAUAUUGAAUUUGCUGUUGUAUUAUUUUUGUGUACAUUAACAACUCCCUCAUACAAGGCAAGAAAUUAAAUCAGUGCACAUAGUAAAACUGCUGCAGUGAAAGACCUUUGAUUUGUGCAAGCACGAGACACAACGUCUAACAAGUGAACUGUUCUGCAGGCAGAGUUUUAUAAAAUUACAUUUGUGUCAUUUCUUAUUAGCCAAAAUAUAAGUCUAUAUCCUGAGGCUGGAACAAAAGAGUGUGAAACUGCUCCUGAACUGUUUUUACAACCCAUUCUGUUCUGUCUGAACAUAAGAAUUUAACUUCACAAAUGUAAUUUCCCUCAUAGUUAUUCUAUACAUGAACUGUAAGUCCAGUUUUACAAAACAGGUUCAUUUAAUCAUUAUUUUAAUAAACAUUAAUUAAACCUGGAUGUCAGUCAGUCUCAAGCAGAUAAAACUGAAUUCAUAGCCAGCAAAACCCUCCAAAGUGACUGAUACAAGCUAUAACUUGCUGUAUACUCAACCCAACAACCACAAAAUACAACAACUAGCAAGAAACAUGCCUGAAAAUUAAUUUGAUCUUAUUUAGUUUUUGAAAAUCUGAACAGUUAGCUGAUUUUCUAAAAACAUAACGUUUUUGUGACAUUAUAGUGGCUCGCUCAUAGCUUGCUGUCUGGGUUUAAAUCUCUUUUGUUCUUUUUGAU